AUGGCAGACGACGAACUAGCAACUAGAGCACCUGAAAGCGACCUGGCCGAACAGAGCGCCAUUCCCGGUGACUCGGCCGUCGACCAGGGACCCAGUCUUGGAGAAGAGUCAGCACAAAUCCAUGAAGCAGGACAACCCACUUCAUCCUCCCAAACCCCCACCGGCGAAAUCACCAAAUUCAACGACAUCGACUGCUACAUAACCAAACCAGCCGACUACCCGCACGCACCCAGCAAACUCCUCCUCUUCCUGACCGGCGGCACUGGCAUUCACGCCCCAGCCAACCAGCUCCAAGCCGACGCCUACGCUGAGCAAGGCUAUCUGGUCAUCAUGCCUGAUCAAUUCAACAAUGAUGCAGCUCCCAAUUCUGUAUUCGCUGCUGGAGACGACAAUACUUCUUUCCUGGAGUCUUUGAAGUUGAGGGCUGCGGAGGUGGCAAAGAGCUUCAGAUUGGAUAUGUGGCUGGCGAGACAUACACCGAGCUCUGUGCUACCGAGGUUGAUGAAGGUGUUGCAGGCCGUCAAGGAUGAGUUCGCUGAUGCUGUGCAAGCUGGCGGUGGUGUGUAUUGCGUUGGUGUCAGUGUUGGUGGCAGACACGCUCUGCUGUUAGCCAGCGAACUGGGCGCCGAUGUCUUCGAAGGCCAGAAAGAGGUCAGUGAAGAGGCCGCUGGAAAGGUGGAGGAGGGCAUGGUCAGGAGAGGACCUGCUGUGAAGGCUGCUGUCAUCCUUCAUGGUGCCACUAUUGAGAGAGAGGACUUUACUGGGGUCAAGAGUCCUAUUGGUUUGUUGUCUGUGAAUGAAGAUCCGCUGUUUAGCGAUGAGGUUCGCCAGGCUGGCAUCAAGAGUUUGAAGGAGAAGGGUGUUGAUGUUCAGGAAUGGACAUAUCCUGGAGUACCACACGGCUUUGCAGUUGUCGGCGAAUACCAAGACGAGACUAUCAAGCAGGCACAAAAGCAGGCGUUCGAAGUCGUCCUCGAUUGGUUGAAGGCUCAUUGA